ACUGAUCUAAACCCCCGACGCUAAUCUCUGCGCUAGCUCUUCCUCAAUAAAAUAUCCGAACGCCCGUCCAGGGCUCCCUUUCUCAUUGCACACCUUUUGUAGAGUUUCAGGAAUGCCUCCCCGACCACCAUGACCAUCGUCUCAAAAAACCGUCUAAAGAACGUCUCACACUCCCGACCCAUCAUCUACGGCUCCUACGCCGCCCUCUUAAAAACCGGCGAAAAACGCGCUGACCCCUCCCACACACACAAAUGGACCGUGUACGUCAAAGGAAUCCAGAACGAAGAUCUCGCAGUGUUUAUCAAGAAGGUAUCAUUUAAAUUGCACGAGAGUUUUGAGAACCCUUUACGAGUCAUUGAAGCCCCGCCUUUUGAAGUACACGAGACGGGAUGGGGCGAGUUCGACAUUGCCAUCAAGAUAUACAUCCACGAAGAACUCGAGUCAGUGAAACACAUUCAAUUGCAUCAUACCCUCCAAUUAUACCCAAAGGAAGACGCUGCAACCGCAUCAAAUAAGCCAGUCGUAUCUGAGCAUUAUGAGGAGAUUGUGUUUAAUGAACCGACUGAAGAAACGUACAAUAAACUAUCGGCAAACCCACCGCCGAUGCUAACUGGCGCCAAGCGGGAAAAAGUUACUCAUAGUUUCACGCCGCACGCCGAGCAAGAGGAGCUCAAAAGUUUGAGAGAAGCAAAUGAAAAAGUCCUGCAACAACUAGAGAAUGAGAAGACUCGUUUGCAGGCUGCAGAGGAUGAGCUGGAAACUUUGAAACGACUGGUGGGGGAUGACGUUUGACAAGAUGUUCUUGCUACGAUCAGUCCUGCGGUAUGGGCAAGUGCGGUUUGAUUACCAGUGUACAUAUACAUAGCAUUUUCCGCCUAUGCAAACAUACAUAUAUAGCAGUCGUCAUCACAAUGGCGCGCAGGCUAUCUGUGAAAGCUUUAUCAAACCUCUAAUUUCAGGAGCAACA